AUGAAUCCCGGCGACUACGAUUUGAGUACAUCGGAUGGCUGCAGAUGGGCCUUGACUCGAGUCUUGUUCGAUGCCGUUAAUGAAGCCAAGGCGGAAUGCUUGGCACAAAUGCAGUGGGAGGAGGCGGCGGCGGUGGCGCGGGUCCCUCGCCCGAUACGACGUCGGACGUAUGUCCCCCGCGAGCACGACGUAGCGCACAAACGUCUGUUCGCAGAUUAUUUUUCCGAUAAUCCAAGGUGGGGCCCAAAUUUUCGGGAAGACGGGAUCGGCGGCAGACCCGGACUUACGCCAUUGCACAAGUGCACGGUUGCGAUCCGCCGGUUUGCCUACGGCACUUGGCGGAUAUGUUCGAACGAGUACCUUCACGUCGGGGAUACAACUGGCCGCGAAUGUCUCAAGAAAUUUUGUAAGUUAGUUGUGGAGGCUUUUGGCGACACAUAUUUGCGAUGCCCGACCGCUGAUGAUUGCCAGAGCCUGAUGCGGAUGCACGAGACGGUGCACGGCUUCCCUGUGAUACUAGGGAGCAUCGAUUUGUAUGCACCGGCAGUGGAAGAACUGCCUGACGGCGUGGAGGGGCCAAUUUACUAG